GAGCGGUGGCCGCGCGAUAGUCAGGGAACGGUGCGGGGUCCUGAUUCGAACUGAGGUGGGGAUAGGGGCCCGGCGGGGUGCGAGGGACCGGGAGGACUGUCCGGACUAAGCCUGGCGCGACGAAGCAAGGCUGUGCAGCGGGAGGGUUUGGCAACUGGAGAAUGGGUCAAACGUAACCAUUGACCUGGGGAAGGGGAAAACCGGGCGGGCGCCAGUCCUGUCCUCCGUGGCUCUUCCGCUCUUUGCCUUAACUUUGGGCCUCGGCGGGGCUGGUGACGGGAGCUUAACCGGGCUCUGGGUGUGGAGGAGGUUUGUGGCUACGAUGGGGUUAUAGCCUUUCUUGCUGCCACUGGGAUAAUAAAUGUCUCUAAUCCGGAUUAUCCGCGGUGACGUGGGGCCUUCUCCUCUACUGUUCAUCUAAGUUAAAGGCCUGUUCCCUCAGCCACCCUCCCUUUUCCCCACUUUCCUUUGCCGUCUCUUUUCCUGUCAAGCACAGCGGAGGAGGGAAUCAGGGCCACCAGGUUGUCGCUAAGGUUGUAAGUCUGUGAAAAAGUGAGUCCGUGUGAGGGAAGGAGGGAUUUGGGGUAUUGCUUUAGUGUGAGUGUAGGUCGAGUCCCAAUACCUUACCAUGUCAGGGAAACGGAAGCGUGUGGUGUUGACUAUUAAAGAUAAGCUCGAUAUAAUAAAGAAACUUGAAGACGGAGGUUCUUCCAAACAAUUGGCAGUUAUUUAUGGAAUUGGUGAAACAACAGUUCGGGAUAUAAGAAAAAACAAGGAAAAGAUUAUAACAUAUGCAAGCAGUUCUGAUUCUACAAGUCUUCUGGCUAAGAGAAAAUCUAUGAAACCAUCCAUGUAUGAGGAACUGGACAGAGCAAUGCUGGAAUGGUUCAACCAGCAAAGAGCAAAAGGGAAUCCCGUAUCUGGACCAAUUUGUGCAAAAAGGGCAGAGUUCUUCUUUUAUGCUUUGGGAAUGGAUGGUGAUUUUAACCCUUCUGCUGGUUGGUUGACUCGUUUUAAACAGCGCCACAGCAUUAGAGAGAUUAACAUUAGAAAUGAAAGGUUAAAUGGAGAUGAGACUGCUGUGGAAGAAUUUUGCAACAACUUUCGAAACUUUAUUGAACAAGAAAAUUUGCAGCCUGAACAAAUCUACAAUGCAGAUGAAACUGGACUGUUCUGGAAGUGCCUACCCUCCAGAACUUCAGUAAUCAAAGGCAGAUGCACUGCUUCUGGGCACAAGUCAAUUGAGGAAAGAGUCACUAUCAUGUGUUGUGCCAAUGCAACAGGCUUGCAUAAACUUAAACUUUGUGUUGUGGGAAAAGCAAAAAAGCCUCGUUCCUUUAAGUCAACGGACACCUCAAACCUGCCAGUGUCUUAUUUCAGCCAAAAAGGUGCAUGGAUGGAUCUUUCCAUUUUUCGACAAUGGUUUGAUAAGAUCUUUGUGCCACAAGUUCGAGAGUACUUAAGGUCCAAAGGGCUACAGGAAAAAGCUGUGCUCUUGCUGGAUAAUUCACCAACACAUCCAAAUGAAAAUGUCCUGAGGUCAGAUGAUGGCCAAAUAUUUGCUAAAUAUUUACCACCCAAUGUGGCUUCAUUGAUUCAGCCCUCGGAUCAGGGGGUCAUGGCAACAAUGAAGAGAAACUAUCGUGCGGGUCUUCUCCAGAACAACUUGGAAGAAGGUAAUGACCUGAAAUCAUUUUGGAAGAAGCUGACUCUGCUAGAUGCACUCUAUGAAGUAGCGAUGGCGUGGAACUUAGUAAAGCCAGUCACCAUUAGCAGAGCAUGGAAGAAGAUUCUCCCUACCGUAGAGGAGAAAGAAUGCUUGGACUUUGACGAAGAAGAUAUUUCAGUAGCUACUGUGGCCACCAUUUUACAGCACACCAAAGGACUGGAAAAUGUGACUACUGAGAACAUUGAGAAAUGGCUUGAAGUGGACAGUACCGAACCAGGCUAUGAAGUGUUAACUGACAGUGAAAUCAUCAGAAGAGCACAAGGCCAGACAGAUGAGUCCAGUGAAAAUGAGGAGGAGGAAAUAGAACUGAUUCCAGAGAAACAUAUUAAUCAUGCAGCUGCUCUCCAAUGGACUCAAAAUUUGUUGGAUUACCUGGAACAACAAGGUGAUAUGAUCCUGCCUGAUAGACUGGUAAUACGUAAACUUCGAGCCACCAUCAGAAAUAAACAGAAGAUGACAAACUCAAGUCAAUAAUGGCAUCUUUAUUUUACCAUUGUUUUGUAAUUGUGUUUGUGACUCUUACCUCUUUGCAAGAUGACUUAAUUUUCUUUGUGUUUUGAAUCCUCAGUCACAGUCCUGUGAAAUACAGGUACAAAAAUGUAUCUGUAAGUGGUUUGAGGAUUGUGUUUUGCAUCAUCUAUGUUUCUUGUCCCUCCAUUGUGCAAAUAAUCAGAAGCCAACUCUGUAUAGAUACAAACGAAAUGUAUACAUGUGUUCACUUCUGUAGAUCUGUCACUGUCCCUUCCAUAAUAGUGACAUCCCCUAAAUUUUCUAGCAAUAGUUGGAAAACAAUGAACAGAUUGAGCACUUUCCCCAAGCCUUUUGCUUGAUUCGUGAGGGCUGCCAUAUUCUCUUCUUGUGCUGACCGUCUUAAAUGGUUGUCUAUUUUGUCUGUUCGAUUAGACUGACAGAAUGAGUCUAUUGUUAGAUUUGAGGGUGUCUAUAAUAAUUCAAAAUGAAGUUCAGUAAUGAGCGGAAAUAAUGAUUUAAGAAUUAUAAGAAUAAUUUAGAAAUUAUAUUUCUGUUCUUUUGUGUAGGUGAUGAGGGAGAUUUUCUGGAAAUGAAGUAAAUAUAAUACAGGAAGUGAUUGUUAAGUUAGUGAGAGAAACUAUUAGAAACCUGAUAUAUAAAAGAGGUAUUCUGAUCAUUUGUAGGUAACCGGGAAUUGAAAAUUUGGGGAAUUUAUUUAUACAAAGGGAAUAACAGGCUUAUUUUAAUUGGGCCUUUUUAUUAUGAAUUGGGUAAGAGUAUAGGUUUAUUAUUUAUUCAUCUAAUUAUAAUACAGCUUUUGUAAUGUUAUAUGUGAUGGUAGGAGGUCCUGCCUUUUAUUUGGGGGAGCAACAUCCCAGAAAUUUUAAAGUAACUAAGGGUUUUUUUUUUCCUGAGUACUUGGAAACGUUUAUCCAUAAUUUGGGAAAUUUUGUUGUACUUACCUGUUCUAUUUGAUAUGAAAAGAAAUGAAAGGAAUAAAGUUUUUAUUAUUUCAAAUAUGCCAUGUUUGUGACUUGUUUUAUGACGAAAGCAGGAAUAAUUAUGGAAAAUUCCAGACUCUAGGGAAUUUCAUCAUUUAUUAUUUCGACACUUGUAAAAAGAGAGUGUGUUUUGUAGAACUUCAUUCAUUUAAGUCAGGAUUUUGGUAAAUUUGCUUAGUAAACUCAAUGUUUUUUCAAGACAUGGGAAAGACUUUACCUAUGUGGGUAUUAAUUUCAUGUGUCUAUGAUUUAAAAGCAAAGUAUCUGAAUAUUCAUACUUUGAUCCAAAAUUUAAUAAUUUAGAAUUACUCUCUAUUAGUUACUUUUAAAAGGUUUAACGUUUUCACUAAUACUUUGCAUUGUAUAGUACCUUUCUUAGAAUUCUAGAACUUUAAAAAGAUAUUUAGCUUUCCAUAAUUUCUAGCUGAUAUCUUCAUGUUAUAUGUCUAGAUUUCUAAAAAAAACUUUAUCAAUGAUGAGAACUAUUUAAAAAUUUUAUUUCUUAAAUGAAUUGCCUCAGUUCACCAAGGGAAAAGGCACCAGAAGUUAACAUAUAGAAUCAGAUAAUUACACAUUCUGCUGUAAGUUAAAUUAUCUAUAAAGGGAAUUUCCAUUUUUCUAAAAAAAAAUUGUACUCAAAAUCUUGAAAUUUCUGCCUGGAUUUGCUCACUUUCUUAACUUAAACUUGUCAGUGAAAUUCAGCUCUCAUUGCCACCUAGUGGUAAAUUUAACAUUACUGUUGAUCUCUGUGGUUUUAAACUUUAAUGACUUAUAAAAAGGGUCACUAUUUUGUGGACUGGAGUGUGAACCUUUCUCUAACCUGAUUUAUAAAUGUUUGCUCUUCUCUGAAAGCUGCUGACACGGGUAGGCUAGCAAUUCUGUUUUGAUACCUUUCUCUCCUUAAACAUAAUCACGAAAGCUGCCAAUUACUGUUGAAUGCCAUUUUAUGAUCUAAGCAGCAUACUUGUUAUAUUAUCUCAUACAGUCCUCAAGACCAUCUUAUGAAUUAGGUGAAAAUACCGAGACUCAGCUCAUACGCUUAAUUACUAACGAUGACUUGGCUACAGGUAAGAAUUUAAAGCCAGGUAUUUGACUGGAAAGUCUGUGCUUGUAUCGUCCAGCUUAGGCUCACCUCUUAACCUUUUCCAAUCUUCAACAUUUAUUCCUUGCCACCCUGUCUCCCACCUCCUAUAGGUUUCUGAAUUUACUUGUCUAGUUCUCUACUCUUGUAGCAAUUGCCUUUCCUUCUCUCUCUAACAGGGCUAUUCUUCCUCCUUCACCAUGCUGUAGUGUCUGUCUUGUUAACGGCCGUUGAGUUGGUGCCCAGUCUUUGGUUUGGACCAUUGUGAUCCAUGACGUUUUCACUGGCUGGUUUUUUGGGAGUAGAUUGCCAUGCCUUUCUUCCUAGUCCUUUUUAGCCUGAAAGCUCUGCUGGAACUUGUUCAGCAUCAUAGCAACAAAAGCUACCACUGACAGAUGGGGUGGUGACUGCACCUGAAGUACAUCAGCCGGAAAUUGAACCUGGGUCUCUGGCGUGGAAGGGGAGAAUGCCGCCACUGAGCCUCCAGUGUCCUCACAGUACCUCUAUUACUCCGUUUAUCAGUAACCUAAUAGCAGCAUUUGAAACUUGGAUCACAUACUUUGUGAUUUUCAGGUAGCCAUGCUCCCUUUCACCAUUUAAAAUAGUACCAACAUGGAAAUCUUGCUAGACCACAGGUAUUGGAAACCACUACUACCAAAAAACAUGUGCAUAUAUACAUUAGAUCCAUACAGAGAUAAAAAUUAUAUAUAUAUGAGGUGCCCAAAUGAGACAAUAAGGGAAAAGAAUGAAAAUUAAAUUCACAUACCCACUGCCAUUGAGUCAAUUCUGACUCAGUGACUCUAUAGGACAGAGUAGAACUGCCCCAUAGGGUUUUCAAGGAGUGCCUGGUGGAUUUGAACUGUUGACAUUUUUAUUAGCAGCCGAAUGCUUAUGUGCCAACCAGGGCUCCAAAUAGAUGAGAUAAAGGCGGUGGUUAGAGAAGAAAAAGGGAAAUGUCACCUGCCAUGGAGUGUGCUUUACAAUUGUGUGCAUUUCAUUAUCCUGGUUCUGGGCUUAAUAGUUUGUGCUGUUCAGUAUUAGAUGGGCCUUUUAAUUACUGCUUUCCCCUUCUUUCCCUGUGGAAUGUUAGGAGGCCAGAUUAAAUGCACUUGAUCAGUAGUUGGGCCUGUUUAGGGAUUAAUACUAAAAUCUUCGUGCAUAGUACACCUGUCUCCAAAUUCAUAGGUCCUUAGUGCCCAAGUGCAGCUCCUACGUGUGUCACCAGAGGCUGUGUUUGGCAUUUAGUUUUUUCCAUUAAGAAACUAGCCAUAGGCUCAUGUUCCCUCACCAGUCUUGCCAGGUUUUCCCAUUGAUGAGCCUUGACACAACAUCUCUCAGAAAACCAACUGUACAGCUCAAAUGUUUCUUUAAACCCAUAUUCCUAAACCCAUCGCUGUCAAGUCAAUUCCAACUUAUAGUGACCCUACAGGACAGAGUAGAACUGCCCCAUAGGGUUUCUAAGGAGCACUUGGUGGAUUCAAACUGCUGACCUUUUGGCUAGCAGCCGUAGCUCUUAACCACUAGACCACCAGGGUUUUCCCCAUACUCGUAGUAGCCAAGAAUUCUGGGAGAGUAGAUUUACCUGCAGGGGUUGAUCCAAGAAGUUAAAAAGUUGCUCUUUCUGAGAUAUUUGGGGUUUAGAGGGUGGAUGAGGGGGGAAAGUGGAACUCUGCCAUGUUAAAAUUCAGUGAAUUAAAGAUACAUUAAGAUUGUAGUAGUAAACCUUCACUUAAAGCACAAUAAAAAUAAGUAAAAAAAUGUGGUAGUGGUGAUGCGCUUAGGAAAAUGUAAAAGAACAGGAAGAAGAUUCCUGUCCUGACAAUUUUGAAAUCAAGAUGGAAAAGCAACAUACAUAUUUGAAAAACAAACAAAAACCCUAUCUUGUUCAACUCUAAGUUCACAUAGAGAGGCUCAACAUAAUGUGAUACGUGCUAUACUUGUGUAAGGAAACCAUCAAGAUUUAGUUUCCUUGAGCGCUACGGCUGCUAACCAAAGGGUCGGCCUUUCAAAUCCACCAGGCGCUCCUUGGAAACUCCGUGAGGCAGUUCUACUCUGUCCUAUAGGGUCGCUAUGAGUUGCAAGUGACUUGACGGCACUGGGCAACAACCAUUCCUACUCUACAUACCUUGUAAAUUCUGCUUUGUUCUUGUUUUCCCGCCACUGAGUACUUCAUCCAUUUUCAUUACCCACAUGCUUAGAUCUCAAAUUUCUGUCACCAACCAUCCUGUCUUCAGGUGUCUGGAUUUAUAUUUUCAGUUGAGAAGCCGAUCUAAGCCUGGAAAAGAAACUGUAUUGCUGCUUUGCUUCCCAUCCUGUAGUUAACCCUCUGUUGGCAUCCUGCUAGUAUCAGAGUCAGCUAGAUGGGCUAAGUUCAAAUAAUUUUUGAACUGAAUGCCAAAUUUAGCAAAGCUAAUUUUAAUUUUAAUUUUAGGAGUUGUUCCGACUCCUAAACUCUUUGAAAGACCAUCAUUCAAGCUUUUUCUCAAAACCAACCACAUCUUCCUAGAAAUGUACUCAUCUGUUUUUCCUAUUUAAGGCAGCUGACAUCUUUACAUAGUAGCUAGUCUCCUGCAAUCCAGUAAAAUCAGAAAUUGGGAGUUGGAAGAAUGUCAAAAAGGUAGCAGGGGCUGGGGACAGCUAAUAAUGUGAGAAUUAGUAUCUGCAGGACCAUAGAUCUUAUAAGACUUGUCAUAUUGUGGAGAGAUUUUUCUGAUGGGCAUGUCUUACUAUUGGGCUAUGAGCAUCUAGAGAUAAGAACUGUGGGGUCAAUUUUUUUUUUUAAUAAUAGUCUAUAUUCAUUCAAUAAAUGUAUACUCAACCAACAUGGAUUUUACACUUUCUACAUGUAAGACAUGUCCCAGGCAAUAUAUGAGCUACAUGGAUAAUACUAUCUGCAUUCAAGAGCUUUGUAUUGUACACGAGGAGACAAAAAUGUAAAAAGGGAAGAACGAAUUAAGUGUUGCAUGCUGACCUAGUGCAAAUGAAAGACUCAUUAAUUCCGAUAUGAGUGAUACAAAGUGGUGCAAAUAAUUCUGAUAUGACGAGUAGAGGUAGUAACAAUUGAAUUGGUCUUAAAAAUUACCUAAUACUUUCAUGGUGACUUAUAGUUCUCAAAAUAUUUUCAUUGACAUUAUCUCAUUUGAUCUUUAAUCAACUCUUUAACAUAUGUACCAAAAAAAAAAAAACCAAGCCCAGUGCCAUCGAGUUGAUUCCGACUCAUAGCGACCCUACAGGACAGAGUAGAACUGCCCUGUAGAGUUUCCAAGGAGCGCCUGGCGGAUUUGAACUGCUGACCCUUUGGUUCGCAGCCGUAGCACUCACCCACUACACCACCAGGGUUUCCUUUAACAUAUGUAGAAUGUUGUUAUUCCCAUUUUGUUAUUAGAAUAACAAAUAUAGAAUGUAAUUAUUCCCAUUUUGUAGAUGAGGAAAAUUGAGGCUCGGAGAAGUCCAGUAACUUCUUCCAAGGAAUUUUGUAGCGUUUUCCUCAUAACAUUGUUAUAGUAUACGUAUUUUUCUCUUUCCUAUUCUACACUGGGAGUCCUGAGGGCAAUGACAUGUCUUAUUCAUGUUUAUACCUACAACAGUGCCAAAUAUGCCGUAAGUGCUCAAUAAUUAUUUUUUAAAUUAUUGAAAUGAUUAAUGUAUCAAAUGAUGUUGGAUAAGAUGACUUUGAGAAGAGUAUCUUGAGUUUGAUGAUUAGUUGAAAACUGUCAAGAAUGCUUUCAAGUGGAGUCGUAAGGGUAGAAGCCGUAUAUUGUUUGUGUUACUAUGAAUCGGUACAAUCAAGUCAGUUCCAACUCAUAGCAACCCUAUGUACAACAGAACGAAACACUGCCUGGUCCGGCACCAUCCUUACAUUCCUUGUUAUGCUUGAGCCCAUCAUUGCAGCCACUGUGUCAAUCCAUUUCAUUGAGUGUCUUCUUUUUUGCUGACCCUCUCUAUUUUACCAAUCAUGAUGUCCUUCUCCAGGGACUGGUCCCUCCUGUUGAUGUAUCCAAAGCGUGUGAGACCAAGUCUCAUCAUCCUUUCUUCUAACGAAGAUAACACAAGUUAACAUCUAAAUGCACAGCAGAGAAGGGAUAAGACAACCAAAACAAAAACUUCGAUUAGAAAAAGUAAGAAUGGGAGACACCUAGUGGUCACUGGUCCUGUAAACCCGUUGCGUUCCAGUCGAUUCGACUCACAGUGACCCUAUAGCUAUGAUGAAAUUUAACCAGGUGCACUGGGUUUUUUUGUUGUUGUUGUUUAGACAUAAUGAAGAUUCUUUCCUUUGACAGUGAGAUACCUAAUUAGGAUAGAUUAUGUUCUCUGGGAGGAACUCCAUUAUCCAGUGUUCUCCAUAGCUCCUAAUUCCACCUUCUGGGAGACUCUUCCUUUUCCAAGUUCUUCGGACCCACCGUGCCCACAUUUGAAGUGGGAGUGUACAGCUUUAAGGCCACCUUCUUUUCGGGCAAAUUCGGGGGCUCAAGUUCUGUUUUAUCAUCACAGGCUGUUUUUAGGCCAGGACCCUGGCAUUUUUUUUCUUUUGCAAUACAAUUCCCGCCAAAACUUAGUGGGUUUGUGAUGUCUUUGUUUCUAGUCAGUUCCACGCCACGCAACACACCAGAGUAUGUUCCUAGAUCUAAGUCUCAAUCUUUUUUUAUACCUGUACUGUUUAGACCCUUUCUCAGUUUGAUGAAGGCUACCAAUAGACCCUAAAAAGAUACACUUGUUUGGGAAGUAAAACCCUUAAUAAAACUUUGUUGCAGGGAUGAAUCACUUUAACUACAAAGUCUUGCUGGGUUUUGUUUUUUCAGCCUUAUUAUUUCCUACUGUUCAAAAUCUAGAGCUAUUCAUUUUUCUCAAACUACAAAAGCCUCCAAAUUUCUGGACUUUAAGCCCUUUUAUUUUUGCUUGUAACUCUUUUCUGAGCUCAUUUCUUUCUUGUAAUAUUUGCUAAACAUAGCAAGGAACAACUGACAUUAAUUUUUAACUCUUUCCAGAUACUUUCUCUAGUUCAGGUCUCCUUAACCUUGGCACUACUGACAUUUUUAACAAGACAGUUGUGGAGGUCUGUACUGUACAAUGCAGUGUGUUCAGAAACAUUCUUGGCCUCUACCCUUCAGAUGCUAGUAGCACCCCCCCACCCCAACAGUUAUGACAACCAAAUAUGUCUCCAUAUAUUACCAAAUGUCCUCUGGUAGGGGAAGGGGGAAUCAUCCCCAGCUGAGAAACACUGCUGUAGAAUCUCAAGUUCACAGACACUUGGUCUGCUUUCCAAAUUAUUGAAGAUAAUAUUUACAAUUUUUUUUUUUACACCACUAUUCCAUCUUUCCAGCCUCUGAUAAUUAUUUCCUUGGUGACUGCUUCAAGAUAAUUAUUGUAAUGCUACAAAUUUUAGGUUUUUGUCACUAUGAGUUGGAAUCGACUUGACAGUGAUUGUCAAAUGAGUAAUAGUAAUGAUGGCAGUUUUGUUUUUUUUUAAUUAAGUUACCUUAAAAAUAUGAUCCCAUUCGGAUGAUUUCAAGUUGACUGAGAGCAGUGGGAGUGUACGUUUUCACUAAAAGCAUUUUGGUGUCACACUACAAUGAGGUUUAUUUCUCCAACUCCUCUGCCCAGUUGACUCCUGAAGAGCCACUCUUUCUUGAAUGUGAUGGAGGUGGAGUGGGUUUUCUCCUGACUCUGCUCUCUUCAAGACCUCCAUUUGAGCCCUGCCAAGAAAUUUAAGCUCUAUGACCUUCUGGUUAGUAGCCAAGCUCUUAACCACUGUACCUCCAGGGCCCCAAAUUCAUACUACUUGUGACAAAGAAAGAAAGAAAGAAAAAACGAAAAACCCAAAACAUAAAAUCGAAACAGGGAAACUAAAUGUAUUGACAAUUACAUUUUAAAGUGUUUUUUUUAUGACAAUAGUCUCAAAUAGACACUAAAGUCUUUAGUUCUCAAAACUUAAAUAAUUCUCUUAUUUCAGAGCCUUAUGAUACUAUUAUGAAAUAGGUAUUAAUCGAAAAAACAGUAUCAGUAAAUUA